UUAGAAAGAUUUUGCUAGAUUUUUUCUCAAUAUUUGGUUAUAACUAAAAAUAAAAUUCAAAUUUACAGUUAAAAUUGAUUUAUUAUUAGUAUCUUUAUAUAUUUAAUAAAUUAAUAUAAAUAAUUAAAUAAAUGUAAUUAAUAAAAUAGACCUAAUAAGGCUAGUAUGACUUUUUAUGGUAUAUAAAAAUGGUACUUCUCUUUUAAUAGAGAAUAUAUGUUCCUUGAAAUAUACUUCAAUCUUAUCUCUUAUCUCUCUAACCCUAUAAAAUAUGAGGGUUGAUAUUUAUCUUUUUUUCUAACUUAGCUUUCAAAUUAAAAAUGCAGAAGAAAAGAAAAAAGAUACAAGCCAUAAGCCAGUGUUUGAUAUUUAUCUUGCCCUUUGGUUUUGUAUAGCACACAAAGGAAAAAAUCCGUGUGCCGGAUUAUUAGCUCCGAGGUACAACAUCUAUAUAUAUAAUAAUUACGUUGUUGUGUCUGAAGUCUGAACUCUGGACUCUGGAUACUGAAGAUUCUCAAUGAUCCAUCUUUUGUCUGUAUCAUAUAUUUUAACAAGGGAGCUCUAAAUCGAACGUCAUAAGUUCUUUAAAUAUGUGUAAGAAACAUUUACAAUAUAUACAAAAUAAGUGGAAAUCGAUGUCAAAAAGGUUAGAUAUAAGUUUGAGGUUAGUUUCUUUUGACGGAUUGUUAAUGGAAAAAAAAAACAGACGGAUUUCUUUUGGCUAGGGCUGGGCAAAUAAACCGAACCCGAAAAUCUGACCGAACUCGAUCCGAUAAAAAUGAAUCCGAACCGAUUCGAACCCGACAUAAAUACCGAAUGGGUCUUGUUUUAUGGUAUUUCUGGUUAUGGGUAUUAUCCGAACCGAACCCGAAAUUAAAUGGAUAUCCGAUAGAAUCCGAAACAUUCAAAAUGCAAAAAAAGAACUUGUACCAAACAUGAUCUCAAUUUCUGAUAUGUAGCUAAAAUACACUAAGAUAUUAUUAAACAUCUACAAUAACUAUCUACUACAUGAAGGUUGAUGGUUGAAAGUGGCGGUUGAGGCUUGAAAUGUUUAGAUUUUGGUUUUAUUUUUAUUGAAUAAUUUUAUUUUAUUUUAUGAGAACUUAAUUUUUCGUUUUAUGAUUUCAUUUAUUGGUUUUCUUUCUAUCAAUAACAACGUAUACCUUUCGUUGACUUUGAAUGAUCAUGUUUGAUGUUUUUUUCUUAUUUCUGAAUCGAUUUUACGUAUGUUUUGGUUACAAAAUAGGUACAAAUCAAGUACUUUAAAUCCGAAGAACCGAUUUUACUUGUUACAAAAUAUGUAUAAAUCAAGUACUUUAAAACCGAAGAACCGGUUGGAACCCAAAACCCGAAAGUAUACCGGGUUGUACCGGUUCUUUGAAUAUUUACUAACUUCGAUCCGAACCCGAUAAAACCCGAACCGGUCCCGAACCGAAUUUUUAUGUAAUCCGAAUAGGGCUGAUUUUGAUAAACCCGAAAACUGAGACCCGAUUUGACAAAACCGAAACCCGGUUGAGAUCCUGAAUGCCGAGGCCUACUUUUGGCCAACCGAUCAUUACUGAAACUUGAAUGAAAGGGUUCGAGUUAUGUUUCAAAUUUAUUGGCGAAACUUUAACCUAUUACCUAUUACUUACCCCAAAAAAAAAACUUUAACCUAUGACACCAUCAACUGAUUUCUCUUUUUAUAUGUAUCUUUGAAGGGCUAGCAUAAUGUAUAUAGUAUAUUAUAAUACAGAUGCACCUAGAAGUACUAAUAUUCUUUUUGUUAUUACUAGACGACAGAAACCUUGGCCUUUUGACUCGGGUCUUUACUCCCGUGAGACCAAAUAAAAAAAAAAAAUCAGAACUGUAACUAAUCGUAUUGAGCUCACUUCCCUCAUAUGUAGGUAUCUCUUCUUCAUUAACAACAACUAGAGAGAAGAGAGAGAGAAAAAUAUUUUGGAAGCAUAUAUCUUUGAUAAUCAUGAUGAGAUUCACAAUCAUAGCAGUAGCUUUCCUUAUUAUCAUUCAUGCCCUAAAAGACGACCAUAUCCUAGUCUAUGCUCAUGAAGGCGGAGAUGCUGGUCAUAAAAGUCUUGACUAUCGUGGAGAUAAAGAUUCCCACGACUUCACCAGCACUGGAGCACCGAGGAAACUAAGGCCCGGGAGAACAAUGAGAACCACAGUGGUAAUAGCCGAGAAGGAGAAAGUAAGGGCGACGAAUAAUCAUGAUUUGAGUAUAAAGAUUUCAUCAGGUGCAUCAAAGCAAUUGAAGGUGGAGCGAAAAUUAGGGUUUCAUAAGAGAAGAGAACAUAAGAAGACCAAUAUAUUGGCAGAUCUUGGCACCACUAAGGUUGGUCUUGUAAAACCUUCUUUAAGAUAUUUACAUGUCGAUGAUCUCACCAACGGUAAUAGCCUACAAAAAGGUGAACUAUUUUCUUCAGCCAAGGAUAUGAAGAAACUUGCUCGACUGUUACGCAGUGAUUAUCCGAUCCAUAGUAAGCCUCGAGGAAAGCCUCCUGUCCAUAACCGAGCUCCCGACAAGAUUUAAGUGAUUGUUGAUCGGUCGAGAAGAAUUUGAGUUAUAAUUAGAAGUAUGAUGAUCAAUUUUGUUAGAAAGGUACGUAGUUAACUAUGUUGGUCCCAGUUUUGUUUCUGUGUAUAGGGACUUAUGUAAUACAGUAACAAUAUAGCAAGCUAGGAUUGAGGAGCGCUAUCUUUUGUUUCUUGUUUUGAAAUAAAUUUGUGUACUUUAGGCUUUUUAAUAUCAAAGUUCUUACAGGGAGAAAGUACAUGAUUCAAAAAAGAUAAGAGUCAUAGAGAGUAUUUACACACGAAGGUAGUUGGGAUAAUUUAGUCAAUUCAAAAAGUAAAAACUGUUAAAUAAACAAUAUCAAUUAAAAGUAAAAAGGAAACUGUGUAUAGGGACUUAUGUAAUACAGUAACAAUAUAGCAAGCUAGGAUUGAGGAGCGCUAUCUUUUGUUUCUUGUUUUUGAAAUAAAUUUGUGUACUUUAGGCUUUUUAAUAUCAAAGUUCUUACAGGGAGAAAGUACAUGAUUCAAAAAAGAUAAGAGUCAUAGAGAGUAUUUACACACGAAGAUAGUUGGGAUUAUUAUUUAAUUUAGUCAAUUCAAAAAGUAAAAACUGUUAAAUAAACAAUAUCAAUUAAAAGUAAAAAGGAAACGCCCACCGUGGGGCUCGAACCCACGACCACAAGGUUAAGAGCCUUGCGCUCUACCAACUGAGCUAGACGGGCAUUUGAUAGUAUUUCAAAAUUAGUAUAUAUAAUGUUAACAUAUUAAAAACUAAUUUAACUUUUCAUUGGCAGAUAAGAACGAAAUCUGAACAUAUUUCAUGUCUUUGUAACAGUUUUACGGUUACAUUUUCGUUAAUGUGACUUUUCUACUAACGUUAACUUAGUCGCCUUAGAGUUCUUUGACCACAAGCAAAAGAAAUAAUAUAUACUUCGAAGCAAUUAUUUUUCAGAAACUGGAUGGGCAGCACCAUUAAGUUCCUUUGGAGCUGUCCCGCAACCUUCAAGAUCGAGAUUUAAAUGUUCUUGUUGGGUUACUGGUGCCGGCUUGUCCUUGCUUUUCCCCCAUAAAAGUAUAUAAAGUCCCACGAUGAUGACCGUUGAUCCUAUCACACUUUUUGUCAUGCCACAUAUCCGUUUCAUUUGUCAGAAAUAAUUUGUAACCAAAAUAAAAUAACUGAUUCAUGAAUAUCUGUUAGGCGAGAGAAAAUCAUAUAAAACAUUUCUCAGUCUCCAUAUUAAAGGUCUUGAUAAGUUUCCAAUAAUAUUCUCCAAAGUUAAUAAUGUUUCAACUUAUGUUAUGCAGUACGAUUUAUGCAUCAAUUUAGUUUAACUCCAGUACACUGCAUUCAAAGGAUACUUCAGGCAGAUGAAAGGGUCUCUUUACUUUUUAGUGUAGGCAUAUUCUAUGCAAGUCAAUGAAUCCAUUUAAAUAUGUAUUACGCAACACUGUAUUUAUAUAUGAUGCGUUUGAACCAAUGCAAUUUUAAAAUCGUUUGUUUGUACGUACGUUGAAAUUAAAUUAUUAAAUCCAUAAAUCAUAAAAUAACAUCAUUAAAUAUAUAUAUAAAUAAAGUAGAAAGAAAAUCGUAGGUUACCUUCCGCAGUAAAUUUGCUCAUGAAGAAAAGAGAAGCUGAAAAAGGCAGCAAAGACUUGAAUCAAAGGGAUGAAACUCGACGUGAAAACUGGACCUCUUUGCUGGAGACACCACGACACUCCAACGUAGCACAAUCCUGAUCCCACUAUACCCUAUACAUGUACCGAUCAUAGUUGGGAAAUAUAUAAGCAUAUAUUUUACUUUAGAAAGAUUUCAUAAAAUCACAAUUUCUAGUAAUUUUUUACAAGUAAAAUUUGAUACCAAAUGUCAAAUGCAAACAAAAAUUCAUUUUGAUUUCGCCUCCUUUGCAACUUGUAUAAUAUUUUUAAUAGAUAGAAUUUCUAGGUGCAUAUAGUCCGCACAUUUCCUUUGUAGAUUAAAAGAUCAUUCACAACGGAAUUUGAUGAGUUUUAACCAAUAUACCAAAUCGUCACUGGUAAUCUUGAUUACAUGUAAAAGCAUUAAGCUUAAGGCACAUAAUGAAUCAGACAGAAUAGAUUUGGUAGGCAAAGUAUAUAGUAAAUGUGAUUUUGCUUACCGAAUAAAGUAGAGACAAAACUUGGAACCUCUCUUUAAGGACCCACAUGGAUAUGCUUCUCUCCGAGAUCAAACUCAGCAAAGCGGAUUGGAUCACACCAAAAAAAGAGAGUAUCGUGGUGCUCGUGUAUUUGCACGGAUAAGUUUGGCAUAUUUUUCCUUGAACGAUGAACCAUAAUGACCAUAUUAAGAUUGAUAUGAUCAGCAUGACCGAGCCCACUGCCCACUUUUGAGUUACUGAAGUAGUUGAACCAUUUGACGUUUGUGUAUGCAUUUGAGCGUUUUGUCGAGUUAAUGCGGGUCCUUUAUACAGUGUAAGCACCAAAGCUCCACAAACGCAAAUCAUUGUGCCCAACACUUUGGCUCUUCCUAUGUUGCUCUUGAUGUUCAACGUCUCUUGCCUAAUCAUUCAUCAUUUGGUUAUAUUGUAUAAUAAUUAAUAAAUAGUUAGAGAAUAGAAGAAGCCAAAUAGUGUAGAACUGUGUUUUGAUCGAUUUUCGUUACCUAAAAACGAGAGCCAAAGCAAAAGUGACUGAAGGAACCAUGUUGCUAAACGCUAAGGCGAAAGUAGAAGAUGUAUUAUGUAGUCCAACAAGAAAGAAGUAUUGCACCAAACUUGUCCUGCCAAUUUGUAAAUGAUAAAAAAAUUUAGACAAUCUUUUAUAAGCCGUUAUUGCUGAAAGUAUAUCAAGAGAAUCUUACCCGAGAAGAGCGCUAAA